ACAAAACAUUCCAUUUCUACCCUUCUUCAACCAACAAUGGGUAUGUGUGUAUCAUCUGAAUCUCCGACGAGAAAACAAAAUGAUUUGAAAUCAUCACCAACAGCAAAAAGAUCAGUCGUGGUAAUAGAUCUUGACGGUCAUCUUCAAGAAUUUAACAAUCCAAUCAGGGCAUGCCACGUCCUCUCCAAGAACCAGAAUGGUUUCCUCUGCAGCUCCGAAACGUUAAACGUCGGUACUAGGGCGGAGAUGGUGACCGACGAGGAAGAACUUGUUCCGGGCAAUAUUUACUUUCUUAUGCCAUUGUCGAAAUCGGAUUCACUGCUUACUUUAGAGGAAUUAUGUUAUAUGGCUAUUAAGGCUAGCAAAGUGCUUACUAUUUCUUCAUUUGUCACCGUCGCCGGAAAUUAGCUGCCGGAGGUCAUUUAUAAAGGCUAAUUGGAUACCGGAAUUUUGGAGGAUAGUCAGAUAGAACGGCCGGCGCCGGAGACUUAAUUAUAGGUUCGUAUAGGCUAUAGCCAAGAAACUUAAGAAUUCUUUUAUCAAUCAAAAAUGAGUUAUUUUUUUUAUAUUUUGAAAUUAGUGAUUUAAUUUGUUGUAACCUUAUGAAUUAAUGGUAAUGAAUAUGCACAUUAUUAAACUUCUUACAAAAUUGUCAUCCACUCAUGUGUUAACUUUUAAGACCAAUUUCUUCAUCU